CAUUCAUUGGUAGUCGUGCGACAUCUACCCUUCUUCCUUCAUCUAUUAUAUCUUCCUUAAGCUAAAGCUCAGAUAUGUCAUCCACAGGAAAGGUGACAUUAUAUGCCCAAUGUCAUUGCAAACGGCAAACGUUCGAAUUCGAAAUCCCAUCCAACCAAUUCCCAAUCCGAACGGAACUUUGUCAUUGUGAUGAUUGUAGAAAAGUGACUGGAUUACUUGGAAAUGAUUUUUUGAUGGUUAGGGAACUAUUACAAAAAGAUUUCUUUGAUCCAAGCAACCCCCCGAAAGGAUUGCGAUCUUUCACACCAUCUAGGGUCACUUGGUGGUUUUGCGAUGAAUGCGGUUGUCAUCUGAUACAACAUAGCCAAAGGAAUGAAACGGAAGCAAAGAAUGCAAAAGAAAAGGGAUUGGAAGCAAAGUAUAAUUGGUAUGUGUUUAGCGGGAUCACAUACCCUGACAGAUUACCAAACGGAGAUCGUGUUUGGGAGCGAAGGAAGCAUAGUUGGGUACGACCAGGAAGAGAUUUAGGUGGACUGGCAAGAUUCAUGCCUGAUGGCUUGCCGAGGUAUGCGGGCACAGAUGAUUCAAAGCUGAUACCUUAUUCGGACACAUUUACUGAAGAUAGGCCGGAAUAUCGACCAACAAAAGAAGAGCAAGAAGCAAUCGAAAAAGCAAGCAAAGCGGAUAGACUACCUCUUCGCUGUGCUUGCGGAUACGUGAAGCUUUCGAUCAAGCGACCGAUCGAAAUCGUCUGCGAUGAAAAGUUCAAAAGAUUACGUAGUCCAGACGAACAAAAAUGGCAAUUCAAAAUAUGUCCCUGUAAUUCAUGUCGAACAACGGGCGGAUUCGAAGGAGCAACAGGCUUGUUUUUUCCUUCUUUGGAUCACAUCGAAAGGCUGAAUGCGGAACCACAUUCUCCGAAACCGGUUGGAUACACCCUUGAAAAACUUCAAGGCGAUCCGCAAAAACCCAAUACCGUCGGUUUGGCAACUUAUUACUCGUCCGAAAAUAAUGCAAGGCGUUUUUGUCCAAAUUGUGGGGCAAGUGUUUGGAUUGAUUUUAAAGAUAUGGGUACAGCCGUUGCAUCAACCUAUAUGGGUUUACUCGAUAUUCCUCUCCGAGCAGCUUUUUCGUCAUGGCUCUUUCCUGCGCCUUCUUUGAAGUUUUUGCAAUUUUGUCGUGAUCGUGAUUUAGCUGAAAUUCUUCGUAAAGGUUUCUGUCCAGAAGAUGAUUGUUCGUCGACCGAAGAGCAAAAGAGAAUGGUUAGUGGAUAUACUGGUGAAUUGCAGCUUAUAUGACAACCCACAAAGGAUAGUUGGGCUCAAAAAUACAACGUCUGAGUUAUGAGAGUACGUAAUGUUAUUCGGUAUUAAACGCAAUGAAUGACAUAUUUCUCGUACGAAUUCAAAGUUGUUGAUGAUCUUACUUUUUGUAACGGAAAGCUGACAAC